GCAAAAGCGGAUUAUACUUCUGCGAUAUAUUUAGUGUCUUAAGUGAUGUUCAUUUUUUAUGAGGACGAGUGAGUGGAUAUAAUUAUUGGAAACGAAACGAUGGGAGUCGGAGGACAAAGAAAAGGAACAGCACGCUGGUGCGCAGCUCUGCGUCUCUGCGCGUGGUUCAGCUGCUUGGAGCUGGUUUCGAGUCAGAUCAAAUAUUCCAUUCCAGAGGAAGUGAAAGUGGGAUCAGUGGUUGGAAAUGUCGCCAAGGAUUUAGGACUGGACAUCACAUCGUUGGAGGAUCGACAGUUCCGUAUCGUUUCAGGGAGCAAAGACGCUCAGUUUAAGGUGAAUCCGAACAAUGGCGUCUUAUACGUGCAAAAAAGAAUCGACCGAGAGGAGGUCUGUGAAAACAUUUCUCCGUGUUUAAUCAACCUAAAAAUGGUGGUGGAGAAUCCUAUGGAAAUACAUCACGUGGGAGUAGAAAUCAUUGAUGUAAAUGAUAAUUCGCCCACUUUUCAAGAAGAAGAAAAAAUAUUAGAAAUCUCUGAAUCCACGCCCCCGGGAAGACGUUUCCAAUUACCGACUGCUCGCGAUCCAGACGCCGUCGUUCAUGCCGUGCGUGCUUAUAAAUUAAACCACAACGAUUUUUUUCAUAUAGAAAUUCGUGAGCGGGGAGAUGAUAAGAUACCUUUCUUAGUACUGCAAAAAUCUCUUGAUCGCGAAAAAUAUAAUAAACACAAAUUGAGUCUGACCGCAGUUGAUGGUGGAAAUCCACCGAGAUCGGGAACUCUUAACGUCACUGUCAUUGUUCUAGAUUCAAAUGAUAACAAUCCUGUAUUUAGUCAGGAAGUUUAUUCAGUCACAAUUCCCGAAAAUAUCGAUACGGACACAAGUGUGAUUACAGUAAAAGCAGCUGAUCUGGAUGACGGUGUGAAUGGGGAUGUUGAAUAUUUUUUCGGCGCUGAACUUGAACCAGAUAUAUACGACAUGUUUAGUCUCGACAGAAACAGUGGUGAAAUUCGAGUGAAGGGCAAAAUUGACUUUGAGAAGGUCGACGUUUAUAAAUUAGACGUUCACGCGACUGACAAAGGACAGCCUCCAAUGAGCAGCGACUGCAGGAUAAUAAUCAAAGUACUUGAUGAAAAUGACAACAAACCUGACAUAGAGGUGACGUCACUGUCGAACAAGAUCUCUGAAGAUUCUAAACCUGGUACUGUGGUUUCUAUUAUUAGUAUUACAGACAAAGACGCUGGUUUGAAUGGGAAAGUAAUAUGUAGUAUUCCAGAGAACUUGCCGUUCGAUUUAAAGCCAUCAUUUCAAGAUAACAUGUACUCUUUAGUUUUGAAACAUGGUGUGGACAGAGAAUCAGUAUCGCUUUAUGAUGUCACAAUAACAGCUACAGAUUGUGGUCAGCCUCCACUUUCCACAUUAAAAUCUUUAAGUAUAGAAGUUUCAGAUGUGAAUGACAACAACCCAGAAUUUCUACAAAAUCCAGUGGAAUUUUAUUUGGUGGAAAACAACAUCCCUGGAAAACCUGUUCUUUCUGUGACAGCUUUUGAUAAAGAUUUGAAUGAAAAUGCAGCAAUAACUUAUCACAUAACUAAAGAAGAAGGAAACCCAGUUAAAAUGUCAUCUUUUUUAAAUAUCAAUUCAGACAAUGGGAAGAUUUCAGCACUAAAAAGUUUUGACUUUGAGACCCUGAAAAGUUUCCAGUUCCAAGUUGUGGCCACAGAUGGUGGAACUCCAUCACUGAGCAGCAACGUGACAGUGAACGUGUUCAUUCUGGAUCAGAACGACAACUCUCCAGUCAUCCUGUAUCCAGUCAGUGCUAACGGUUCUGCUGAAGGUGUGGAGGAGAUUCCCCGAAAUGUGAACGCAGGUCACUUGGUGACUAAAGUCAGAGCCUAUGACGCUGAUAUAGGAUAUAACGGCUGGUUACUGUUUUCACUGCAGGAGCUUACUGACCACAGUCUGUUUGCUUUGGACCGCUAUACAGGACAGAUCAGAACACUUCGCUCAUUCACAGAGACAGACGAGGCUAUGCAUAAACUGGUCAUACUGGUCAAAGACAAUGGGAACGUUUCACUCUCAGCAACAGCUACUGUGACUGCCAAACUUGUGGAGCCCAAAGAGGCUUUUGCAGCUUCUGAUGUUAAAGGUUCAGCAAAAGAUGAAGAGGACAAUAAUGUGACUUUUUAUCUCAUGAUCACUUUGGGCUCAGUUUCCACACUUUUCCUCAUCAGUAUCAUCGUGCUGAUUGCCAUGCAGUGCUCCAAACCCACAGACUAUUCCUCCAAGUAUUUGCAAGAAGCAAAUUAUGAUGGAACUCUGUGCAACAGCAUCCAGUACAGAUCUGGAGAGAAGCGUUACAUGUUAGUUGGACCGAGGAUGAGUAUUGGAUCUACUAUAGUCCCUGGCAGCAAUGCAAACACUCUGGUGGCUUCUGACAGGAGACAAACAUUUUUAGAGUUGUUGCUUUGA